UUUCUUCUGUUAGAAUGGAGAUCGGUACUGCCGUUGGAGGAGCACUCCUUUCGGCUUCUGUUCAACCACUGAUGGAAACGCUGACCUCUGAUCUACGGGACUUCUUUGCUCGACGGAAGAACAUCCAUGAUGACAUCAAGGGCUGGGAGAGGAUGCUGGCCGACAUAAACUAUUUACUCAAUGAUGCUGAAGAUAGGCAAACGACAGAUCCUGUAGUGAAAAAUUGGCUUGAUGAGUUUCGAGAUUUGACCUAUGACAUAGAAGAUGUAUUGGAUGAGUUCAAAACUGAAGCUUUGAAGCGCAAGGCGAUGGAAGAUCCUCAGGCAAGCACAAACAAGCUGCGAAAGUUCAUCCCCACUCAUUUAACUUACUUUUGGUUCAAGAAGAUGAUCGCAUCCAGGAUAAAACAUAUUACUGGAAGAUUAAACCAUAUUAAUAAGUGGCAUGCGCAGACUCUCAAUUUGAGAAGGAUUGCUAAUGUGACGACAUCGCACCAGCCGAAGGAGAAAAGGCUACAGACAACUUCUUUGGUAGAUGAAUCGCAUAUUUGUGGCAGGGUUGACGACAAAGAAGCUAUUGUUCAGAUGUUGUUAAAGGAUGAAGUUGGUAACAACCCCAUUUCUAUGAUCCUUAUUUUGGGGAUGGGAGGAAUCGGAAAGACUACACUAGCUCAGCUAGUGUACAAUGAUUCAAGAGUAAAUGACCAUUUUGACAUCAAGAUAUGGGUAUAUGUUUCUGAAAAUUUUGAUGUUACCAUCUUAACUAGAAGAAUUUUGCUCGAGGUAGCUUCGGAGAUCCUUCAUUUGAAGGAUCUAGAUUAUUUGAAUCCACUUCAAGAAGCAUUAAAAAAGAAAUUGUCUCAAAAGAAAUUUCUGCUCAUCCUAGAUGAUGUUUGGGAAGAGGAUUACAAUAAAUGGGAUCAACUACGUAGACCUCUUGGUACUGGAGCACCCGGCAGUAAAAUAGUUGUCACCGCCCGAAAGAUGAAUAUUGCACGAAACAUGGGCGGUGUUUCAACUUUCCAUGUGAAGGAGUUGCCAGAUGAUGAUUGCUUGUUGUUAUUGGCUCGUAGUGCUUUGGGGGCAGAAAGCAUUGAUGCACGUUCAGAUCUAAAGAAAAUUGGCCAGAAGUUAGUGAACAGAUGUAACGGACUUCCGUUGGCUGCAAAAGCAUUAGGAGGUCUCUUGCACAAUAAACAAAGCCGUGAAGAGUGGGAACUUGUAUUGGGAAACAAAUGGUGGAACUUAACAGAAUCGAGCAACAUUGUCCAUUCAACUCUAAAAUUGAGCUACAAUGAUCUCCCCUCUCAUUUAAAGCGAUGCUUUGUUUAUUGUGCAAUAUUCCCCAAGGAUUAUGAAUUUGAUAGGGAUGAGUUGGUAAAACUAUGGAUGGCAGAAGGCUUCUUGCAACAUCGGCAGGGAGGGAAGCUAAUGGAGGACUUGGGAAUUGAAUACUUUGAGGAGUUGGUAUCAAGGACAUUCUUUCAGUCGUGGAGUGGUAAUCAAUCGACAGAAUUCUCUAAAUCGGGAUCAUUCUUUGGGCCAACAAAUGGUACGAAAUCAACAAAAUUUGUGAUGCAUGAUCUCAUAAGUAAUCUUGCUCAAACUAUUGCGGAAGAUAUUUGUUAUAAUUAUGAGAAUAAGACUAUGUCAAGUUCAAAGUAUGAAAAGGUCCGUCAUGCAUCUUUUACGUGUCUCAAAGAAAAUGACUCACAAGUGUGUGAAGUCUUUACUCGAAUGAAGAGGUUGAGAACAAUCUUUUCUGCACUUUGGGGGCGAAGAGGUGCUUCUUUUCCUGACUGGGGAGACUAUAAAUACAAGAAGAAGUACGAGUCAUUACCACAAUCAAAGUGCGUAAGGGUGCUCUCUCUUGCUGAAUUACCACUUAGAAAGCUAUCGAAUUCAAUUGGAGAUUUGACACACCUACGGUACAUCAACUUAUCUCAUACACAAAUUCGAAAGCUCCCUAAGUCGGUGAGUAAUCUCUUUAAUUUGCAAACUUUGCUAUUGUGUUUUUGUGAUGAACUUGUAAAGUUGCCAGAUAAAAUUAGAAAUCUGGUGAACUUGCGGCAUCUUGAUAUUUCUGAGACAGAUAAGUUACAAAAGUUGCCAUGCGGCAUAGGUAUGUUGACCAGUCUACAGACUUUAUCCAAGUUUAUUGUGAAAGAAGGUGAUGGAGCUACAAUCGCUGAACUCAACAACUUGAACAAUCUUCGUGGCAGUUUAUCCAUUCAAGGGCUUGAAAAUGUACAAGAUGCAGAGUUAGCAAACUUAAAGGGGAAGCAAGGCCUUGAAGAAUUGGAAUUAGAAUGGACCGGUCAUGGAAAGAAUGACAUGUCGGUGCUUGAAUCACUUGAACCUCAUCAAAACUUGAAGAGGCUUACCAUUUUAGCCUACGGUGGUGCGGAAUUCCCAUAUUGGAUGAAUAAUAUUUCUUUGGUCUUCUUAGAUCUGUGGAAUUGUGAAGAGACCAAAGUCUUACCACCACUUGGGCAACUUCGCUCACUCAAAGAGCUAAGCAUACAUGGCUUGAGGGCGGUGAAAAGCAUCGGUGUUGAGUUGUAUGGGAAUGCUGUUGUGCCAUUUCCAUUGCUAGAGAGGUUGGGAAUUGGUUAUAUGUCAGAGUGGAUUGAAUGGUCUCAUGGCAAUAUGGGUGGAGAAGUAUUCCCUAAUCUUCAGAUGCUUUCGAUAUAUCAAUGUCCUAAAUGGAGAGGGAAUUUGCCAAGUGGACUCCACAGACUUAGACGUCUCUCUGAAUUGCGCAUCAUCGGAUGUCCAAAUUUGGUAUCGUUUGCUCCUAUGGGCUUGCCACGGACUCUAAAAAGCAUUAAAGUUGAAGGUUGUAAUGCUCUCGAGUAUUUCCCGAUAAUAGACACUGGAGAUGGAAUGGAGAGCCUUCUCGAAGAUCUAGAUAUUGUAGGUUGCUCUUCUCUCAACUACUUUGAAAGAUACUUCGAGUUGCCUAUCUCAUUAAGGAGGUUGACAAUCCAAGAUUGCGGAAAUCUAUUGUCUCUACCUGAUGGAUUGAUGGUGCAAGAUGACAACACAAACCCGUCUCAGUCUCAGUCUCAUCUCGAGUAUUUGAAGAUCAAGGGAUGUCAGGGCCUUACCUCCCUCCCGACCGGAAAAUUUCCUGCUGCUCUUAAAACCCUUGAAAUAAAAGAAUGCCACAAUCUGAGGCAACCAAUAGCAGAGUGGGGUUUGGGCAUGCUAUCCUCUCUUGAGACACUUGAAGUCAGUGGUACAUGUCCUGCAACUGCAGAUGUGGUAUCAUUUCCGGUUGAUAAUUGUUCUUGGCUUCCCACCUCUCUGAAACAUCUCCAUAUGAAGGAUUUCAUUCAUUUGGAAUCUAUGUCCAUGGGACUCCAAAUGCUCACCUCUCUUGAAAGUCUAUCUAUCGGAGGCUGCCCCAAGCUCCAAUCCCUGCCUGCCUCUCUGUCUGAUUUCAUAAUCAGUGCCGAUGAGAAUUAACAAUGGGUCUUUGGUGGAGAUGAUUAACUUUACCGUGUUAAUUUUCAGUGUAAG